AUGACAUUUGUGCCUAGGCAGAGUUUUCCUUUGCACAAUGUGGUUUUGGCUAACUUUCAUGGCCAUCAUCGCAAGGCACUUCAGACAAUGAGGCAACUUGCCUUCCAGGUAGACAUGGUGUUGGAGCUACGAGAUGCCCGCGCCCCGAUCACAUCGAUCAACCCUUUGUUUGACCGGGUCCUGGCCGGUAAACCCAAACUUGUUCUGUAUACCAAGGCUGAUCUGAGCCCACUGAAAACAUCACAAAUUCGAGCCUGGCAUCCGGAACAGGAUUUCAUGAAGAUCAACUGUGGGGAUCUCAAAGACAGUAAACGGGUCAUGACCUACCUGAAAGAAAAAUUCGGUGCUAUGAUUCCAUCACCACCAUUGGGAACUCGUUUACUGAUCACAGGUAUGCCUAACGCCGGAAAGUCGACAUUUUUGAACAACUUGCGCUCUGUAGGUACAAAAAAACGCAACAAAGUGGCGAGAACCGGCCAAACGCCGGGCGUAACUAGAAACGUUUCCGAAACAGUGAUGGUAUCCGAAUCACCCAAAGUCUUUGUAUACGACACACCGGGAGUGUUUGUCCCUCAAGCCGCGAACUCUGAAGAAAUGCUCAAGCUGUGUUUGAUCAAUGCCGUGAAUCGCACGCAGGUUGAGCCCUCGGUUCUGGCUGAUUUUCUCUUGUACAAACUCAAUCUUGCAUACCCCAGCCAUCCAAAAUACCCCGGAACACCCACAAAUGACCUACAUGUUCUGUUGAGGCGGAUAUCCAAACUCAAGCACUAUAAUUACGGUCAACAUGAAAAUUCAGUUUCCUUGGGAUGGAUCGACCGAUGGGCCCGAGGCAAAGUGGCGAAACUAUGCCUGGAUGAUGUAUCGGUUGAGGCUUAUAACGAAGCUUUAACCCUAAAACAGCAGCAGCGUAUUGAUCUCGGCAAUAUCCCUGUAAGUCGGGACUUGCGCAAUCGCUUCAUGAUUUAA